UAAUAUUCGGUCUUAGUAUAUGUAAAACUAAAGACAUAAGAAAUAACUAUACAAUAAGUAAAAACUAAAGUAUUAAGCAUAAGCCAAAUCUCAAAUGGUUUAAUAUUAUAAGAGGAGUGUUAGUGUCUAGUUAAUAGUUUCUAUAAUACUUUCUUAAUGGUUAAAAUUCAUGCAGGUCCUACUAAUUUAGAAAUGGGACCAUUGAAUAGAAAUGGAACCUACAUAUCACUGUUGAAAUUAUGUGACUCCACUUAGGAUGAGAAUUCCACCCAUUAACUAGGAAAUCUACGUAUUAAGUGAGACCAGAAUUUCACAUAAUAAGAGAGAGUACGAUGGAAAGGAAGUAUUUGAGAGCGUUUAGUAAGAUUUAUCUAUUUAUAUUUAUUAAAACAUUGGGAUAAGAUGUACCUAAUACCAAACACGGUGUGCCUAAUCCAGGGAUUGAGCCAUUUGUGACAAUACAUCAUUCUGACUUGCCACAUGAACUGGAAGAAAGAUAUGGUGGUUGGAUUAGUCCCUUGAUACAGAGAGAUUUUGUUCAUUUUGCUGAAAUUUGUUUUAAGAACUUUGGAGACAGGGUUAAGUACUGGACUACCAUCAACGAGCCAAAUCUGGUUGUAGAGUCAGCCUAUAUGAGAGGAAUACACCCUCCUGGUCACUGUUCUCCACCUUUUGGAAAUUGUUAUACUGGUAACUCUGAUGUUGAGCCUCUCAUUGCCAUGCACAAUAUGUUACUAUCACAUGCCAAGGCUGUUAAAUUAUACCGCAAGCACUUUCAGGCAAAACAAGGUGGAAGUAUUGGCAUUGUUGCACAUGCCUUCAUGUAUGAACCACUUAGAGAUGAAGAAUGUGAUAGACAAGCUGUGAAUAGGACCUUGGCUUUUGGCUUACCAUGGGUCAUAGAUCCCUUGGUUUUUGGUGAAUACCCUGCUGAGAUGCAUUCUAUUCUUGGGAGCCAGCUACCAAGAUUCUCUCUUAGGGAGAAUAAUCUCAUAAAAGGAAGCCUAGACUUCAUUGGCAUCAAUCACUAUGGAACUCUCUAUGCCAAAGACUGUUCCCUCUCUGCUUGUCCUUUUGGAGCAGAUCAUCCAAUAAGUGGUUUUGUAGAAACAACAGGAACAAGAGAUGGCAUUCCAAUUGGUGAUCAGACAGGAAUGCUAGAGCUCUUUGUGGUUCCAAAGGGAAUGGAGAAGAUUGUAGACUACAUUAAGAUAAGAUACCAUAAUAUGCCCGUUUAUAUUACAGAAAAUGGAUAUUCUUCCCCUCUCAAAGCUGAUGUGACAAUGCAUGAUUUACUACAAGAUUUCAAACGAAUAGAUUACCAUAAAGCCUACCUUGCAGCUCUUCUAAGGGCCAUACGAAAAGGUGCGGAUGUAAGAGGAUAUAUGAUAUGGUCAUUGUUGGAUAAUUUUGAAUGGACACAUGGCUAUGAGACGAGAUUUGGGCUAUAUUAUGUUGAUAGACACACCCUUGAACGAAUUCCAAAACUUUCUGUUCAAUGGUUUUCUAGUUUCCUCAACAACACUGGCCACACCAACAAAAGAGAAAACUUGGGCGAGCAACAUCUUGGAAGCAAAAAUGUUAGGAAUGUUGGUUUCAAUUUUAUUUGAACUAUCCCGUGAAUUUCAAUUAACGUGUUCUCGACUCCAUCGAUGAUGAAACUGGUCCAUUCAUUGUUUCUCUUAAUUUGUUUAUGAUAAUCGUUAGAAAUUUUAUUUACGAA